UAGUUCUAGGCGUUUGAACACACCCCUGUCAAAAUUGUAACAGUUGGGUGGAGGACAGCCGAAACUUAACUUGAGGAGACGGAGGCAGGGAAGUAGGCUACAAAGUAACAGUUUGGCGGAUGACAUUGAAAGCAGAAAAAGUGGAAAUGUCUUCGGGGUACAAAUCUUGGAUACUGCUUACAGGUUUUAUACUGUUCUAUGUUGCGUAUCUGUUGCUUGGAGCGCUCGUUUUCUCCACCAUCGAACGGCCGGUGGAGGACAAACUAAAAAGAGACAUACAAGUCCUGAAAGAAGAGUUUCUCAACCAAAGUUGCGUCAAUGCAACAUCACUUGAAAACUUUUUGGAGAGAGUUUUACAAGCCAAUAAAUAUGGAGUAUCUAUCCUUCCGAAUUCUUCUGCGAGUUCAAAUUGGGACUUGGCUUCCUCUUUGUUCUUCGCCAACACUUUAGUAACGACAGUCGGUAUGUAAAUAGCCUACACUUGUCUUUGUUAGACCUACAUCGUUACCGUUUUGUUUCGACUGAUCCGUAUAAGACAAAUCCAUAUAGACAUUUCUAAACAAUUUAAGUGCUAAUAUUGCAAGAUACGCAAGGAAACACUGAUUGGUUACAGAUUACAAUUACAGUUGUAGCUGGACAUUUUUUGUACUCAGUGACCAAAACAUGCCACGCAUCAAUGGGCCCGUGUGAUUUUCAGGUGGCCUUGACUCAGUAUCAGUGCGUUAGAAGUCGUUAGAGCAGGGAUGAGCAACUUGCGGCCCAAGUUUUGAAGACCCUCCGAUCCAUUUCCGCUGACUCAGUCAGCGUCUCAAUUUACAGUUGUAAUCUAGAAUAGUAGACUGACUACACUACACAAGGUGCAAUUUCGAAAUUUGGUUGUGCAUCAGCAGUUUUACUGUUGUUAUGUCAGUCACUGAUAGUCAGUCAAUUAGCCCAUGUCAGCUAACAUUUUAGUUUAACUGCCAGCUAUCUAAACUUGUUAUCAUGGUUGAAUUACUGGCCGGGGAGCCCCCAUUGAUUUUGUAAAUUAGUCUCACUCAGAUAUCAUAUUAAACACUGCAAACAUUUCUCUCCAGGCUAUGACUACAUGUGUAGAAUUGCAGGAAAGUAACUCUAAAAUAGAUGAGGAAUUAUUCUAAACCUGUUUGGAUAAAUUGCACAUAGUGUCAUCUUUAAUAUUUGACUUUCAACAUCCUAAAUAAACAGUAGUUGAUGUGUUGAAUCUGUAAACCGUUGUUCCACAUACUUUGACUUUUUACCAUCUGUGAAAAGUAAUCUGACCAUGGGUCUUGAAGUGUGUGUACCCUAUAUAGCCUUUAUGGUUAUAAUCGGACCCAUCUAUGAACAUAUUCAUGAAUAUCUUUUUGUGUACUCUAUCCUGUCUGAUUAUCCAUCAGUCUGACAUACGGUGCAUUCGGGAAGUAUUCAGACCCCUCGACUUUUUCCACAUUUUGUUACGUUACAGCCUUAUUCUAAAAUUGAUUAAAUUGUUUUUUUCCCUCAUCAAUCUACACACAAUACCCCAUAAUGACAAAGCAAAAACAGGUUUUUAGAUUUUUUUCCACAUUUAUUAAAAAUAGAAAAUGGAAAUAUCACAUUUACAUAAGUAUUCAGACCCUUUACUCAGUACUUUGUUGAAGCACCUUUGGCAGCAAUUACAGCCUUGAGUCUUCUUGGGUAUGACGCUACAAGCUUGGCACACCUGUAUUUGGGGAGUUUCUCCCAUUCUUCUUUGCAGAUCCUCUCAAGUUCUGUCAGCUUGGAUGGGGAGUGUCGCUGCACAGCUAUCUUCAGGUCUCUCCAGAGAUGUUUGAUCGGGUUCAAGUCCGGGCUCUGGCUGGGCCACUCAAGGACAUUCAGAGACUUGUCCCGAAGCCACUCCUGCAUUGUCUUGGCUGUGUUCUUAGGGUCGUUGUCCUGUUGGAAGGUGAACCUUCGCCCCAGUCUGAGGUCCUGAGCGCUCUGGAGCAGGUUUUCAUCAAGGAUCUCUCUGUACUUUGCUCUGUUCAUCUUUCCCUUGAUCCUGACUAGUCUCUCAGUCCCUGCAGCUGAAAAACAUCCCCACAGCAUGAUGCUGCCACCACCAUGCUUCACCGUAGGGAUGGUGUCAGGUUUCCUCCAGACGUGAAGCUUGGCAUUCAGGCCAAAAAGUUCAAUCUUGGUUUCAUCAGACCAGAGAAUCUUGUUUCUCAUUGUCUGAGAGACCUUUAGGUGCCAUUUGGCAAACUCCAAGUGGGCUGUCGUGCCUUUUACUGAGAAGCGGCUUCCGUCUGGCCACUCUACCAUAAAGGCCUGAUUGGUGGAGUGCUGCAGAGAUGGUUGUCCUUCUGGAAGGUUCUUCCAUUUUCACAGAGGAACUCUGGAACUCUGUCAUUGACCAUCGGGUUCUUGGUCACCUCCCUGACCAAGGCCCUUCUCCCCUGAUUGCUCAGUUUGGCCCGGCGGCCAUCUCUAGGAAGAGUUUUGGUGGUUCUAAACUUUUUCCAUUUAAGAAUGAUGGAGGCCACUGUGUUAUUGGGGACCUUCAGUGCUGCAGAAAUGUUUUGAUACCUUUCCCCUGAUCUGUGCCUCGACACAAUCAUGUCUUGGAGCUAUACGGACAAUUCCUUCGACCUCAUGGCUUGGUUUUUGCUCUGACAUGAACUGUCAAAUGUGGGACCUUAUAUAGACAGGUGUGUGCCUUUCCAAUGUCCAAUCAAUUUAAUAUACCACAGGUAGACUCCAAUCAAGUUGUAGAAACAUCUCAUAGCAAAGGGUCUGAAUACUUAUGUAAAUACUUUUAUUUUUUAUACAUUUGCAAAAAAAUCUAAAAACCUGUUUUUGCUUUGUCAUAAUGGGGUAUUGUGUGUAGAUUGAUGAAUAUUUUUUUAAAUUCAUUUUAGAAUAAGGCUGUAAUGUAACAAAAUGUGGAGAAAGUCAAGGGGUCUGAAUAUUUUAUGAAUGCACUGUACAUAUGCACACCAUAAACAAAGAAAUAAUCUGGCCACUAAGGACUUCAUAAAAUCAUUUUGAUUGAUUUGAUUGAUUGAAAGUGCUGUAUAGCAUCAUGGUGUGUGUAGGUGGAAUGGGAGGCGUGUAACUGUAGCACACCAUUUAUUAUGGAAACCCCUAAGCGGUGAUUAUUAGGAAGAGAGUGUGUAUAGUUGAGAAAAACAAAGAGAGGAAGGAAGAGAGAGACAGUGUGAGAGAGAUGAUGUUCCUGGCCACAAUUGUAUCCUAUUUGUUGCUCCGCUCCUCUCUCUCUCCCUCUACCUCUCUUAGUCUCUUCCUCCUAGGUCAGUGAAAGCGAGGGAAGUGACGUGGAGAGUCAGGGCUUAGCAGCAGAAGGCAGGGAGGAAGAGGAGUUGGAGAUGAUUGGAGGCCCAGCCUGGGCCUAAAGUGACAGUGGCAGGGGUUUUGGAGUUGUUUUUAAAAGUGGUAGGAGUCUGUUAAACAUUUUUCAGAUCUGGUGUUUAACACCAACCUGUCUGCCACCACAUCCAAUUCACUGAAUUGUUGUCAAAGUAGGCUACUAUUUCUACAUUUUUGUCAAGCCUAGUCUGUAUUAAAUUUUAUUGAAAGAGGUUAUCUACAUUUUGAAAUAUUCUCAGAAUAGUUGUUUGCAUUGUUACAGAGGUAAGAGUAUUUUUCAAUACAAUAGCCUACUUUGUGUGGGUGCAUUUAGAUUAUUUUCUCUGAAUCUUUCUCGAUCUAAUACUUGCAUUUACUGAAUUGUUGUCAAAGUGCUAUUUUUACAUUUUGUGCCACUUUGUAGGAUGGGGCAAUGCUUCAAGAAGUUUCAUGACAUGUUGUAGGCUAAAUGCAAACACUCAAGUGACAGUGUGACAUGAAUUUAUCCUACAAAUCUUAUAGGGAAAUUGUGUAUUUUAUAAAAUAGUCUCUGACCAGUUUUUGUAUCUUCUCUCUUUAUCUCUAUCUAAUACUUGUUGCAUUCACUGAAUUGUUGUCAAAGUAAGCUACUAUUUCUACAUUUUGUGUCAGGCCUGGUCUGUACUAAAUCUUAUUGAGGUAAUAGUCUUUGAAUAGAUGUUUGCAUUUUUACAUGGUUACAUAAGUAAGAAUAGUUGUCAAUCAAAUAACCUACUUUGUAUGUUACAUUAUUUAUUUUUUUUAUCGGAUGGUCACAUUUUGGAUUUUUAAAAAUAUAUAUAUUUUGAUGUAAAUCAUAUUUAUAAGUAUAAUAUAUUAUACUUGGUACAUUCCAUUUUGAGUGAGUAAAUGUCAUAACUCUGCCUGUGUGGCAUGCACGGGGGAUAUGAUCACUUGUGUAACCAGAGGGGCCUCAUUUAACGCAGUUAAUUCAUCAGGCUUAUGCCAUGUUUCAGUCAGGCCAAUCACAUCAAGUUUACGAUCAGUGAUUAGUUAAUUGACUAUGACUGCAUUGCAAGUGAGAGAUCUAACAUUUAAGUAGUCCUAUUUUGAGAUGUGAGGUAUUAUCACAAUCUCUUUCAAUAAUGACAGGAAUGGACUACACUUACUGUGCUAGAGGCAGACUCUACUAAGCUGGAAGGCUGGCUAACAGUCUGCUGCCUGGCCUGCACCCUAUCUCAUUGUGGAGCUAGAGGAGUUAGAGCCCUGUCUAUGUUGAUAGAUAAGAUGAAAGCACCCCUCCAGCUAGGAUGGACACUCGCCCUGUUUGUGGGUGAGUCCAGUGGUUUUAAAGUACUUGAGUAAAAAUUCUUAAGUCGUUUUUUAGGGUAUUUGUACUUUACUUUACUAUUUAUAAUUUUGACAACUUUUACUUCACUACAUUCCUAAAGAAAAUAAUGUAAUUUUUACUCCAUACAUUUUCCCUGACACCCAAAAGUACUUGUUACAUUUUGAAUGCUUAGCAGGACAGGAAAAUUGUCCAAUUCACACACUUCUCAAGAGAACAUCCCUGAUCAUCCCUACUGCCUCUGAUCUUGUGGACUCACUAAACACCAAUGCUUCGUUUGUAAAUUAUGUCUGAGUGUUGGCGUGUGCCCCUGGCUCUCGCUCUCUCGCUCUCUCUCUCUCUCAUAUAUAAAUAAAUACAAAUACUCUUUCUCUCCCCCCCAGGAUAUGGGCACACUACGCCCCUGUCGGACACAGGCAAAGCCUUCUCCAUCUUCUACGCCCUGCUGGGAGUGCCCUUCACCAUGCUGGUGCUCACCGCCUGUGUCCAGAGGCUCAUGCACCUGGUGACCUACGGACCCAUCGGUAUGUGCCGCCAGAGGAUCGGCCUGGACCCUCUCGCCGCCACUGCCAUCCACUUUGCCAUCCUGCUGCUGCUGGUGGUGCUGGGCUUCUUCGUGGUACCCGCCGUGGUGUUCAGCCACAUCGAGGACACCUGGUCCUUCCUGGACGCCAUAUACUUCUGCUUCAUCACACUGUGUACCAUCGGCCUGGGUGACUAUGUGCCUGGCGAGAAGCCCGGACAGAAGUUCAGAUCGCUCUAUAAGAUCUCUGUGAUGGGUGAGUCAUAAACUAGUCUGAGUGUGUUUGAUAAAAGGACGUGGCACACUGACACGGCUCAUAACACAGCUCAGACUGAUGUCAUACAUUCGGUGAUACUCAUUACCCAGUCAUUCAUGAUGUCGAGUUAGAAUAGUUUUCCCCCUUUGAAUAAAAAACAAGGAAAUAAUAGUGUGAACAGUGACGGAAUGAUUGGGUGGAGUUUGCAUCAAUGUUUUAAGCAGAGGGAUGUGCAUAGGAAGAAGUGGACUUGACAGUUUUGACCGUGUGCAGACACUUGAGUGAAGUGGGAAAUGCUCGGCCAAACACCACCUCUCAUUAGAGAAGCCAGUGUGAGACAUCCUGUCCAGCACUGAGAUAGGUAGGCCCUCUGGUGAAAUAUGGUGCUGUGUCUCUGUGAAACCGCAGAAACUUUCACACCUCGGAUGUGAGAAAUGGCGCCUCCUGAGUGCUCCUCCUCCCCUCAAGUAUUGCACUCCAGUCAAAAGGAUCCAUAACGUUUGUUUUAGUUUUUAAAUGUGCUUAUUGUAAGAUAUUUGAAGAUGAGAGGACAGGACACCUCUGCUGUACAUUGUGCUCAAUGUCUAGACUUCUUGUAGGCCUUAAUGUCAGAAGAUAUUAGUCAGAAAGAUGACUCGGGAUGACUUUACCGAUAACCUGGUUCAGCCGAUGAAAGAAAAUGGAUGCAUUCCUUAUCCCUGUAUUGACCCUAGAUAUGUAAUUCUGAUACUGCUAAUAUGCAAUACGGUUGAUCAUUUGAGUAUAUUUGUACAUUUGUAGAAGUCUGAGGAGGCCCCCUUGUGGUUUUCAGGAGGAAACGGUGUCGCUCCACUGCCCCAUCCAUGUAUCUCACAAUGUCUGUGAUUGUUUGGUAUACUGGAUGGGUGAAUUUUAAUUGGUCUUCUUGUUUUGGGAAGAGUGCAUUGUGUGGUGUGAUUGCUCUCAACUUAAGGGCAUGUGGCAGUAGGGAGUCAAGGAUACCAUACCACACCACCAUCUACCCCACUUGUACUUGGAGGGAUUUCAUAUUGUCACAUGACAUAUUGUCAUAUGACAUUUUAUCAGAGUCAUGCUCUUAGUUUUUAAGGUAUAAUUGAAUUACUGGAAUUACCAUUUUAUUAUCUCUCAAAAUAACCUGACUGUUUAGAGCCUAGGGGUGUUUGUUGUACUCUGCGGUCAUUGUGGUGGCUGGCUCUGUGGCGUUGUCUCAGGGUCCACACUGUGCUUCAAUGCGCAACUUGUUGUCUUGUUUUAGGGCCCUGUGUUUUGGUUGAUCAUGUCACAUGACCUGGAUUUGAACUUUUAUUUCAAGCUUGUUCAUCACACUUUUCCGUUUUUUUCUUUUCAUGUCAUAUGGUCCAGCACCAUCCUCAGACAAUUGCGAAAUGUUUUUGUCAUUCUCAUUAAAGUUUCAAAUCUAGGUGAUGUGACAUGAUCAACCAAAACACAGGGCCCUAACUAUGUAGGCCAGAUCCCCCAGAUUAUUAACCUGAUUGGUUGUUCUCGUUUCCUCGUAGGAUUAGCAACUACUGGAAAAUAGGUUGUUUUGCUCAUAUCGGAAUACCCUUUUCCUAUCAAAAAAGACCCCACAACAUGGUAUGAAAGAAUUUAAGUCACAAGGGAGGUGUAAGUCUACUCUGCUUAUUGACCUGCACUGAAACAACUGUUGAAACAAAUGAACCAUGAAAUGGCAUAAAAGCAUAACUGUAUUGUGAGGAACCCUGUUGAAUAGUUGGCCUUCUUGUCCAGCAGGAGUACACCACGAGCACACCAGUGUGGUGAGUUUGUGCUUUUGUGAGACAAGUGACCAUGUCCAUGUAUAAUGUUUCUUCCCACAGCGUAUGCUUGCUCAUGGAGCUGAUGUUGAAAAUUAAUGUUGUGCUCUCUGCCCUCUGCAGUGUACCUGUUUGUAGGGCUGAUGAUGAUGUACUUGGUCCUACGUGCCUUCCACCGGAUGGCCGACCUGCAUGGCCUGACUUCUUUCUUCCAGCUCCCCCACUGUGACGAGGAUAUAGAGGAGGACAAGGAGCCCAUCAUCGAGGCCGGCCCUGAGGACCAGCAUGAGGCAGAGGCCUCGGCCAAGCCCCUGGAUCCGGCCUCCCAGACCUCCUAUAACACCAUCAACCGAUAAGGACUCACUCCACUCUGACCCGUUCUCCUUUACAUCAGUCAGGUCAAACAGCUAAACAACUGUCACUGUUUUACAGCAACACAGGGAUGAGUUUAAAACCAGACCCUACAUAGGCACCAAAGACUAUCUUUACUGCUGUGAGGCAACUCACGGCUCAGGUCAGACCUUCCUGCAACGACAGCUCAACUAAACCAAAAACUCUACAGAUGCACCAUUGCACCCAGUUGACACUUGGCAAGGGUUGUUCGUCAAGGUGGGAAAAGGUUGUUGUUCCAUAACCCGCAGAGAACACUUCUGGUUGGGACUGAUUCUGAUUAUUUAUAACUUUUUUGUUGUUGUUUCAGACCAAAAAAUAUAUACGUUUAUCAUAUACCGAUAUUUUCUUGUGGAUGUAUUUUAAUGUACCCUUUUGUGGUUUUAGGUCAGGGUUGAUCAAGGAAGGUCAUAUAGAAAUAUCUGAUAUUUCAAAACUAAACAAUCUCAUUAUAGUAGCCAUCUUUGAAAGAGUUUGUUGCCACUCCCCAGUAACUAUGUGAAAAAGCCAUUGCUUGAGACUUUGUCUUGAGUCAUAUGAUGGAGCACAUUCCCAGGACUAGCAUGGGCCUUCCCAACUUCGUUUGGCUUUGUUUUUGCCUGUGGUGUAACAUGAUCAAGUGUUUCAAAUAAAUUAUAAGUAUAUCAUCUGACGGAUAACAAAUUUAGGGAACAAAAGGAUUGAAAAUAAAAACCAAGUAUCUGUGUUCUGAUGUGUAGUUGUCAAUUGUUCAACUUUAGGAAGUGUCAUUCCUGUCAUUGUGAAAACUGUGACAGAGUAUGUACUUUAGCAUGUAUGAAAUUUGUCAGUUGCUACAUACAUUGAUAAUGUAAUAACUGCCAAUAAUGUAAUAACUUUUGCAUUUAUAAUGUAAUAAAUGCUGCUAAUGUAAUAAAUUGCUAAUAAUGUUUAUAACGCUAAUAAUGUUUUUGUGCAUAAUGUAAUAAUUAUUACAUUAUGCGUUGAUUAUUACAUUAUGAAGUGGGUAACUUAUGAAUGUUAAUCAUUUUAGCCAAUGUAAUAACAAAAUUACUUGUGUUUGUUCAUGCAUAUCAAGUGUCAUGCUUCA